GUGACAGAUAAUAUAACCUAAAUAGCCGCCACAAACAAAACUGUUUUUGCUUUCUGAUAGUACUUCCUCUUGUGUAUAUUUAUGCUUGUGCAUUAAGUGAAAAUAACAUUGGUAUUCGGAAAUGCCUCUUCCUCCGGCCUUAGCUGCUAAAUUGUCGAAGCGAGGGAUAAUAGCUCGCAAGCAGAAACCUGAACCUGUCAAGAAACAAGACUUCAAAGGCUUAUCAGCAUGUCCAAAUAAAUCCAAUGUUUACCACGAGUGCAAUGUCUGGUGUGAGACACAUUGGAAAGGUGCUGCAACUCCCGAUUCUGUAUAUCAAAGAAAAAUACAGAAACUGCUCGCAAAAUAUCCGCUACCCAUGAACUGGACGGAUAUUUUCGACAAAGGAUGUGGACGGUAUUACUUUUGGAACAUGGAGAAUGAUUUAGUUUCUUGGCUUCCACCAAAGCAUCCCAAAUCUAUUAAAUGUCAAAGUGCUGCAAAGCUCAGGGAAAAUCGACUGAAAAUGAAAGAACGCGAAGAAAGAUUGGAGAAAGAGAAGGACAGCACGAAACACAAAGAAAAGGAAAAAGAUAGGGAAAGAGAAAAGGACAAAGAUCGCGAACGUGAUAGAGAUUCCGAUGACGAAUCUAGCUUCCGCAGUAAAUAUGUUUCUGAAAAACGAGAGAAGGAUCGAGAUAGAGACGAUAGGAGGUAUAGGCGAGAUGAGAAAUAUAGAGGAGGGAGAAAACGAAAAGAUGAAAUUGACCCGAUGGAUCCUGCCGCAUAUUCUGACAUUCCACAAGGAACUUGGAGUGAUGGUUUAGAGACUGGUAAAUCCAAAGCUGCAGACAGUACAGCCUCUGGAGCAAUAUACCAACAAAGACCAUAUCCUGCACCGGGAGAAGUACUUGCUGCGAAUAAGGAAAAAUUGAAGAAAUAAGUUCUGCAUUUCAGUUAUAUCAUUAUUUAUAUUUUCCACGAUAUUUACGAAUAUCUGUUACAAUUUAAUAAAUGUUUACGUCCAUAUAGUUUU